UUUUUUAAUACAGAUGAUGGAAAAAUAAUACGACGAAAUGCGAUAAAUAAUGGCAAAGAGGACAUCACAUUAGAUGAAACUAGUCAGUACGAAGAAUCGACGAUGGUCGAUAAUUCUUCUGAGUCUACGGAUAUAGACGAAUUACUUAUUGAAGAAGUUUCUAAACAUGAAGUAUUAUAUAAUUACAGUAUACUUGUUCAACAACGCAAUCGAACUGUAACUACUGAAACGUGGACAAAAGUUUCAAAAGCUUUGGAAGGGCGUUUAGACCCGAAACAAGCCGCCAAAAAAUGGAAGACGCUACGAGAUAGUUACUCUCGUGAGCAAGCCAAGGAGAAAUUGCCAAGUAGAGCAGCACGUCCUACUUCAAAGCGAAAGUGGAAGCAUUUCGAUAGAAUGGAUUUUUUGCGUGAUACAAUUUAUAGAAAAAAAACAAGUGAUAAUCUUCUUAGUGACGAAAAUGAAAAUAUACCACCCAUUCCAAAAAGACGACAAAAUGGAACAGCAUUUUUUGUUUUUAAUCGACCGUGUCGACGGGUGGCACAGCGUCAACCUCUGCACUCGAUAAAAUUGCAGAUGCAAUUACUGCAAUUAGCGCAAUUCCUAAUGUGCAAUUGCCAACGUUACCACUUCCAGACAACAAACAGGAUGAG